UGCUACCGGGACCGGAAGCGGAAGUUAACGUCGGCGGCCAUGCCGCUGCACAAGGUCCCUCCACGGUUAUGGCCGACGCUGCGGCUGCAGGAAGGGAUCUGUGCCCGUCUCCCCGCUCACUUCCUGGCUCAGCUACAGGACGACACUCCGCCCACCCCCGUUCAUUGGCGGCCUCUGGGCGUUCGGUACCGGCGGAACCCGCGAACCGGGGAACGGGAGCGUGUGCAGGACGUGCCGGUACCGGUGUACCUACCGAGGGCCGCACACGAGGGGCUGUGGGGCGGAGAGGGAUGGAUCCGAGGCUUCCGAUAUGCCAACAAUGAUAAGCUCUCCACUCGGGUACCGAAGAUCUGGAAGCCUCAGCUGUUCGAACGUCGGUUUUACAGCGAGAUCCUGGAUGCGGAGCUGACCAUCACCGUCACCAUGAGAACGUUGGAUCUCAUCGAUCAGGCCUAUGGCUUCGAUUUCUACAUCCUCAAGACCCCUAAAGCCGACAUGUGCUCCAAGUUGGGGAUGGAUUUGAAGCGUACGAUGCUCCUACGACUCGCACGGAAGGAUCCCAAGCUGCAUCCUAACGACCCAGCCAGGAGAGAGGCAAUAUAUCACAAGUACCGGGAAUUUGUGAUUCCAGAAGAAGAAGCUGAAUGGGUUGGUUUGAGUUUAGAAGAAGCAAUAGAAAAACAGAGGCUUCUAGAAAAGAAGGACCCCGUCCCACUAUUCAAGGUCUACGCUGAGGAACUUGUCAACCAGCUGAAAGAACAGGCACUUAAGGAGAAGGAGAAGGAAAGAAAUGCGUAGAGCAAACUCCCUGCUGCAGAUGAAGCUGUGGGGUGCAGGAAGCCAUUUAUGAGCCACGCUUGUGAAAGAGGCAACGCAAUGAGCACGAUGGGGAACGUGUUGCAGUUAUCAGCAUCUAAUGAUGGCAGCCUGAAUCCAACUGAGGAAUUAUCCUUGUUGGCUGAGGAAAGGUUUUCUGUCCUGUGGCCUCUGAAAGCGUUACUGUAAGACUGACUUGAUGUGGUGCUUCUGCCUGUGCGAGUGGUUGAUUGUUGUUUGGUUUGAUCCUGAUAUAAAACGAAAUGUUAUGUAUCUUGAGAAUGUCAGUAAACUUCUCUCUGAUA